UGGGAAAUCUGUCGUCACUUCCUGUCUGGGUAUCUUUUUUUUUUUUUUCAAUCGCCGCCUGAGAAGGAACGAUGUCAGGUGUUGGGGGAGGAAAGCGUCCCUCAGGGGGGGACAGCCCCCCCGGCCCACCUGAGAAGAAGAGCAAAAAGGAAGAGAAGACCACCACCACUCUCAUUGAGCCCAUCCGAAUAGCUGGAGUAUCUUCCACGGAGGAAAUGGACAUGAAGGUGCUCCAGUUCAAGAAUAAGAAGCUAUGUGAGCGUUUGGAACAGAGGCAAGCUAUGGAGGAUGAGUUGCGAGAGAAAAUCGAGAAGCUGGAGAAGAGACAAGCUACCGAUGACACCACGCUGCUUAUUGUCAACCGCUACUGGUCACAGUUGGACUCAAAUGUCCAGGUGCUGCGCCAGCGCAUUAUUAAGCACGAGGCUUCAGUAUCUGCCCCACCUUGUGUCCCAACUCCAGUGGAGGAAGACAAAAUGUUACCAGCCUCACCAUCCUCUGCCUUAACUCCACCUCCACUCCCAGAGGUUCGAACUGACGGGGAGCAGACAGUACAGCAGGACCAGCAUCAGCUGGAGCAGGAGCAGAAACCCCCUCUUCCUGAUGGAUCAGAAGAAUUGUUGACACCCGUAGACCCACCACAGGAUACACCAGUGGCCAGUGCAUCACCACCACCUCCUCCCCUUAGUGAGAGUGCGAAGGGUUUCUUGGCCACGCUGGAGCAUAGCAGUGAUGAGGAGCUCACCCUGCACCUUCAGGAGCAUAUGCAGUUCAGCAAGGAAGCCAUCGCAUGCCUGGUGUGUGUCUUUGACAGGCUGCACAGCCGCGUCGAUGACAUGUGCAAACAGGUUCAAGCUGCAGUGUGUAACGACGACAGCCAGACUGAGAACAUUCUGAAGUGCACGCUGCUGGAAGAGAAUAGUCGUCUGCGAGACUUAGCAACCCUUCUACAAGGCCGCCACCACAAGAUGUCAAUGGAGUACAAUGAGCUGGUGGACAAAGUGACCAGCUCUGAGACUAAGGUGACAGAGAUGGAGACGACUGUGGAGGACUUGCAGUGGGACAUUGAAAAACUUCGCAAUAGAGAACAAAAGCUUAACAAACACCUUGCAGAGGCCAUGGAGCAGCUGAAGUCUGGUUACAGCAGCACCGGCAGUGGUGGGGGCCUUGCUGGAGGUCAGAUUACUUUGAACAUUCAAAAGUUUGAGAGUCUGAAUGCAGAGUUGGAGCAUAACCAGGAAUUGGCCAAUAGCCGAAUGGCAGAGCUGGAAAAAUUGCAGGUGGAGCUCCAGGAGGCUGUGAGAGAAAGCGAGAAACUCAAGAUGGACUUGCAGAAUAUUCCUGAGGAGGUUGUGAAGGAGACGUUGGAGUACAAAUGUCUCCAGUCUCAAUUCUCCCUGCUGUAUAAUGAGUCUCUUGGGGUCAAAACUCAGCUGGAUGAGGCGCGGGCUCUCCUGCUCACUGCCAAGAAUGCCCAUCUCCGACAAAUUGAGCACAUGGAGAGCGAUGAGCUGUCCCUUCAAAAGAAACUGCGAACGGAGGUCAUCCAGUUGGAGGAUACUCUGGCCCAAGUGCGUAAAGAGUAUGAAAUGCUGCGCAUCGAGUUUGAACAGAACUUGGCCGCUAAUGAGCAAGCAGGACCAAUCAACAAGGAGAUGCGACACUUAAUCAGCAGUCUUCAAAACCACAACCUGCAACUGAAAGGUGAUGUUCAGCGUUACAAGAGGAAGUUGCGGGAAACUCAAAUGGAGAUUAAUAAGUUACGUUGCCAGAGUGGUGACGCAGGAAGUCUGGUCUUAGAGGAAACAACAAAUGACAACGUUGAUGUGAAGAAAGAGGAGGAAGACGACCAGGAGGAGGAGGAGGAGAGAAGGAAGGAAUUGGAAAGACAGCGGGCCCGCGAAAGAGAGUGGGAGAGAGAGGCUGAACGUGAGCGGGAGCGAGAGAGGGAGAGGCAACGCACUGACGAAAUGAAGAGGAAGGACUCGGACACAUUAAAGAUGCUCAGAAUCGACCUCAAGAAGGCCCAGGAGUCCCAAAAAGAGAUGAAGCUGCUGUUGGACAUGUAUAAGUCGGCCCCAAAAGAACAGAGAGACAAAGUGCAACUCAUGGCAGCUGAGCGCAAGUCAAAAGCUGAGGUGGAUGAGUUGAGGAUGCGUGUGCGAGAGCUGGAGGAGAGGGAGCGGAAGGAAAGUAAGAAGCUAGCUGAUGAGGAUGCCCUCAGGAAGAUCAGAGUGGCAGAAGAGACCAUUGAGCAUCUGCAGAAGAAACUUGGCGCAACUAAACAGGAGGAGGAAGCCCUGCUGAGUGAGAUGGACAUAACGGGACAGGCCUUCGAGGACAUGCAGGAACAAAACACCCGCCUGUUGCAGCAGCUGCGAGAGAAAGACGAUGCUAAUUUCAAACUGAUGAGCGAACGGAUUAAAUCAAACCAGAUCUAUAAGCUUCUCAAAGAAGAAAAGGAAGAGUUGGCUGACCAAGUUCUUACCUUCAAAACCCAGGUUGACGCCCAGCUGCUGGUUGUGCAGAAACUAGAAGAAAAAGAGGGUGUUCUUCAGAGUACAUUGGCUGCAUUGGAAAAAGAGUUGGGUUUGCGUACGCAAGCACUGGAACUCAAUAAAAGGAAGGCAGUGGAAGCUGCCCAGCUGGCGGAGGACCUGAAGGUGCAGCUGGAACACACACAGGCUAAACUUAAGGAGAUCCAGGUCUCUGUGGCUGAGAACCGAACCGCCCGAGAGAGGGAGAGCAGCAACCUUAAACGAGCACAGGAGGACCUGUCCAGGCUGAGGCGUAAGCUGGAGAAGCAGAAGAAGGUGGAGGUGUACUCCGAUGCUGACGAGAUCCUGCAGGAAGAGAUCAACCAGUACAAGGCCAAGCUGCGCUGCCCCUGCUGCAACACGCGAGACAAGGAGACGGUGCUCACCAAAUGUUUCCACGUUUUCUGCUACGAGUGUUUGAAGAUGCGCUAUGACACCAGACAGAGGAAGUGCCCCAAGUGCAACUGCGCCUUUGGCGCCAACGACUUUCACCGCAUCUACAUAACCUAAGUUCACAGGGAGACAGAGGAG